AUGAAGACUAUAUAUUUUUGGAAAUAUACAACACUAUUAUAUUUUCUUAUAUAUUUAGUUGAUUCUGCAAAAGUUCUCCUUCAUGAUUCUUAUGUAUAUAAAGAGGAAUUGCCAUACGAGUAUUUUUCUGAAAAUAGUGAAAAAAGUGAUCAUCCAACGUGGGAACAAGAAAGUUAUUAUGAUGAAGAUAAAAAUCCUAUAGUUGUAUCAACAGUAUGCUAUGAAGGAAAUAAACCUAAUUUUGUAAAAAAUUGGAUUGCAUUACCAAAAGUUGAAAAAGGUUCAGCAAAAAAAUUACAUUUAGAAAUAUCAUAUUCAAUAAAUAAUUGUUCACAAACAAGACCUUUUUGCAAAGAUUAUUUUGAUGUUUUUUAUAUGCCUUUAAAUGGAGAUGAUAAUACAAAAUUAAAAAUUAAAAAUAUUGAUAAUUGGAAACAUUUAAAAAAUUUAAAUAUUCAUUCUGGUAAAGUAACAAAAGGUGUUCAGGAUUUUAUUGUUACAACAAUUGAUUAUACACCUGAAUCUGAUGCUGUUAUAUUUGGAAUAAGAGAAGAAAAUACAUGUUCAUCAAUAUUAAGAAUACGUAUUUAUUUUAAAAUAUGUCCUUCACAAACAAUUAAUCAAUUUCAAUUACCAGAAACUGUUGUUGGUGAAGAUUUAUAUGGACCAACAUUUUAUCAUGUUGAUUGUGUUAAAAAUGCUGUAAUGUUAGGAACAAAACCAACUAUGAAAAAUGCUUUUUGUAAAGCAAAUGGAGAAUGGGAAGUUUUGACUGACAAUACAUGUCAAUGUCUUGCGGGUUACUCACCAAAUGAUUCAGGUUCAUGUUCUCCAUGUACCAAAGGAUCAUAUAAAAAUACAAUAGGUAAUGGUAUUUGUAAAGCAUGUCCUAGAAAUAGUCAUGCAUAUGAUAAUGGUACACAUAUCUGUGAAUGUGAUAUUGAAUUUUAUAGAGCAGAUAAUGAAGAUGCCUCACAUCAAUGUAGUCAACCACCAAGUAGUCCUGUAAAUGUUAGAACAUUAGAACUUAAAUCUUCUGAAGCUAUAAUUAUAUGGUCUAAUCCAACAUAUAUGGGUCAUAGAUCAGAUAUUUAUUAUUCUAUAACAUGUGAAUUUUGUGAUGAAUCAAAACAUUGUGUUAAAUGUUCUAAAAGUGUAACAUCAUCUUUUAAUCCAGAAAGAAUUGAGACAAAACAAAUAACAUUAAAAAAUUUAGAACCAGGACGAGAUUAUAUUAUUAAUGUUUUUUCACAUAAUGCUGUUUCAAAGAAAGCCGCCGGAAAUCUACACAAUAAAGCAAUUUUUACAUUUACCACAGCUAAACCUUUUAAUUUUAAAAUGAAUACUCCAAAAUUAUUAUCUCAUUUAAAUAAUGGUACACUUUUAAUUUCUUGGGAACCAUAUGAUGAUGAAAAAUAUUUAAAACUUGGAAAUAUGUAUUAUCAAAUUGAGAUUAAAAAUGAUAAAGAUAUUGUUUUAAUGGAUUCUAUACAAACAGCACUUAAAAUUGAAAAUAUUGAUAUAUAUAAAAGUCAUAUAAUUAAAAUUCGUGUACAUGAUCCAAAAAAAGGAUGGAGUGAAUGGAGUGAUGAAUUAUUUAUUAAAAAUAAAUAUAAUAAAGGAUAUAAAAUAUCAAAUCAACAAUAUGAAAGUUUUUCAAAUGAUAUGAUAAUUGAAAAUGAAAAAAGUGAAUUAUCAUUAUAUAUGAGUAUUACGCAAUUGUAUUCGCAAAAUCCAAAAAUUUUUUAUAUUAUUGGAUGUACGAUUGUUGUUUUAUUAAUUAUUUUAAAUAUCUUAUAUUUUUGUUAUACAAAAAAUAACAAAAAAGGUGAUUAUUUUGCUGAGUUAGUAAAAAGUCAACAAUCUGAUAUACCAUAUAAUAUUAAUAUAACACCAAGUCACUUAUAUUAUGGAAAACAAUUUGAUUCACAAUUUUUAAAUGGUUUUGGGAGUGCAACAACAUUUGUUGAUGCUUCUGCUAAUAAAACAUAUGUUGAUCCAUCAACAUAUGGAGAUUUAUCUGUUGCUGUUAAAGAAUUUACCAAACAAAUACCUAAAUCAAAUAUCUUUUUGACUGGUGAAAUACUUGGAGGAGGUGAAUUUGGUGAUGUACAAAAAGGAAUAUUACUUUUAACCGGUUCAACAAAAUCUAGAAAUAUAAUAGAUGGUAAUGAAUUAAUUGUUGCUGUUAAAACAUUAAAAAAAUGUGUAACAGAGCAAGAAAAAAAAUAUUUUACUAUGGAAGCAACAACAAUGAGUCAAUUUCAUCAUGAUAAUGUAUUACGUUGUAUUGGAGUUGUUGGUACUGAUUAUGUUGAAAUGAUUAUCACUGAAUAUAUGGUUAAUGGUUCAUUGAUAAAUUUUUUAAAAACAAUUUCUGGUGAUACAUAUUCAAAAGUUAAAUUAGCUCAUAUGUGUCUUGAUGUUGCUGAAGGUAUGCAAUAUUUACAUAUGAAAGGUUAUAUACAUCGUGAUCUUGCAUCAAGAAAUAUAUUAUUAGAUCAAUUUUAUAGAUGUAAAAUUGCUGAUUUUGGAUUAAGUAGAAAUGGUUUUAAUAAUGAGAAUGUUGAACUUGAAUAUACAAAUGCUAUGGCUAAAAAAAUUCCUAUUCGUUGGACAUCACCAGAAGCAUUAGAAAAAGGUCUUUAUACAGCUGCUUCUGAUGUUUGGAGUUUUGGAAUAUUAAUGUGGGAAAUUUUUACAUUUGGUGAACGCCCUUAUUAUGAUUGGAGUCAUAGAAAAAUAUAUGAAGAAGUUUUACAAGGAUAUAGAUUACCUAAACCAGAUGAUGCACCUGAAAUUUUAUAUCGUGUUAUGGUUGAGUGUUGGAUUUAUGAUAAAAAUGAAAGACCAACAUUUACUGCUAUAACAAAUGAAAUAAAAAGUUAUAUAAGAAUAUAUGAAGAUAAUGGUGAUUUUUUAGCAAAUAGUCCAUUAUAUCAAUCACCUUCUGAUGUUAAUUAUGAUGUUGCAAGAGAUGGUAAUUGUAACAGUAGAAUAAGUAAUAGUAAUUAUUUUUUUACCUCACAUCCUAAUGUUUCACAAUUACCCUUAAAUACUUCUCAUAGAAUGUCUAAUUGGGAUAUAGCAAGACAUUCAUUAGGAGAUUUAGAAAAACAAGAAUUAGAAAAUGCAUUAGGGAAAUUUAAUAUUCAAUAUCUUAUUCAUCAUUUAUAUCGUAUGAAAAUAUUUAGUGUAGCACAAUUGGCUAAUUUAUCUCUUGCUCGUCUUGCUGAUAUGGAUAUAACAUUAAAUGAACAAAAACAAUUAGCUGUUGUUAUUGAUCAUAUUGUAACAUCAAGAAGAGCUGUUACUAAUGUUAGUCGUAAUUUAAAAAACAAUCAAGCACCAGCUAUUCCACAAUUUACAAAAACUUUAAACAAAGAUUCUCCUGAUGGUGGUUUUUUGGUUUGA